AUGUCGGUGAACGAGCAGCGCCCCUCUGCGGACACCAACCCUCAAAGUGCGAGCCAGUCCUUCGCGUCGGACCUCGAAGCGCUUGAUCAACGACUGAAACGUCUUUCCGACGACGUCCUACCCCUUCACCCUUACCUCCUCACCCUCCCGACGAAUGCGCCUUUUCGUCUGGGCGGCCGCUUCGUGGACAAUUGGGCGGUCGGCCAGGACAGACCAUUUAGUCUCGAGGAAGAGCAGCUGCAAUAUAUGACAUUCUUGACCCAUCACGACGCGGAUUCUUUGCUUGUCACGGUUGGGGAUUGGUCCGAUGAAACAGGCCGCAUGAUGGCCGAUCGAUCAACAGUCCCGAGCUUUACCAAUAACUCAAGGGAUAAGGCCACCAAGAAGAAAAUCAGCUUGAAGGAUUACAAGAGCCAGAAGAGCAGCGGCGCUGUCGCACGCCAUGAGCCAGGAAGCCGAGGUGGAACGAGCUUGGCCAAACCCGAAGACGUGCAGCACAACCCCGGUGCAAUGAAGAAGAACAACAACGAAACACCUCAGAUGUCAUCCAAAUCACCCCCGCGGCAUUCGAUCGAAAAGGGAGGCCAGAAAAGACCUUCUGGAUCCGAUCUUGAGCUUCGCAUUUCUCAUGGAAGGAAAGAGGCGGGUGUACAUUCCCCCAAGAAACCGCGAUUAUCCCCCGAAAAAGAAACACGACGAGAAGUCAUUCCCUCCAAAUCGCACUCACCCAGACUGCCUGCGCUUCUAUCCCCGACUCUCCCCCCAACCUCAGGCGGCCCCAAGCUUCCCCGAUUACUGUCACCCACUCUUCCGCCCGAUAUUGAAAAGGAGUUGGCUCGGCUGGAGGAUCGUUCGCCCAUUCGCAAUCUCUCCCCUGAACGUGACAGCACGACGGGCAAGUCGAGACGCGAUGAACCGGUUCAAUCCAAAGCGCCGCACUUGGCGAACAGUGGCAGCUCGAACUCUUCUGGUCGAGCAAGCGGCACAGACCAGGCCCUAUCCAACAAAGACAGUAAUUCUUACGCCAAACCGACCAAGUCGCAACACAUUGUCAAGCUGCGAUACGGAAAGACGAAUCGCCGACGGGUCGAGGCCCUCCUCAAAUUUUCCGGUAAAAGGAAAGCACUCCAGUCCGAUUCAGCAGGCAUAGACAUGAACCGCGAAGGCUCAUCUCAUCUCAAGAGGAAGGAAGAGAUUGGUUUGGCGAGCCGAGAUGCCCUAUCUGGUCGAGCGAGAAAUAAGAACAAGACCGAGACUGAUGAGGCGCUCGGCCCUGCGGACGGUCGCUCAAAGGAGCCGAGAAUCGCCAUUGAAAAGCCUCGAACACCGGUCUCCCACUCUCCUGCGCAUGAAAAAAUUAAAGCAACAUCGACCACACCGAUGAAAGAGCCAAAAGGUUCUGCCUCACGUCGAAAUGAAAUUGGAGACAGUGAUGAUAAAACACCAUCCCAUUCAGCCAACAAACGGCUCUCCGUCGACCCUGGAACAGGCACGAAACUAUUCCCUUCUCAGCCUGAUAGCCGCUCACGCAAUAACGAGCGCCGGGCUUGGCGAGAUGAUUACCAGAGAUUUGGGAAUAUUGGGCGAGAACUGAAGCAUGCCGCGGAACGAUAUACCUCCACGAAUGGUGCUUCGGUCACUGACGAGAAACUUGCCGCGGUAACUGCCAUCGAGGCCAUUCUAUGUUUUAUCCUGGCUUUUGUGGCAGACGAUCAAUCCAAGGUGGUGGCUCGCCAGGUCGGCGAUUCUUCAACUUGGCUGUCCAUUCUGGCAUACUGGCGCGUGGUUAAGAAGAAAAGUGCAGCAUAUCCCGCCUUGCACAGCCUAUGUUCAAUACUCGGCGCCGUCUCUUACGAUGCGAUCCACGCGCUUGAUCUCGAACGCCUCACCAUCAGCCCGCUUCCCGGGGAACCAACCCCAGUGCCCACUCCAGGUAGUGAUGGCAACACCGUGUCCUUGGACGAAAGCAAAAGGAGCCGAAAGGAGAUUGUGGAGCUGAAGAAUCGGCUGCUCGAGUGCUACAAGGAUUCCCAGAAACUGUGGUUAGAGGGCACGCGGAGCCUUUCGGAGGAGAUUCUCAGUCAGGAAUUUCCCAAUACCUGGGCCGGGCGGUCUCGCAGUUAUUCAGAGCGAGGAAAACCGCCACUCAAACCCGGCGAGUAUUCCGGAGACUAUUUUCUCCCGCUGGGUGGCCCGAUCCUGCCUGUCGAGGUGGUCCGUUUUGCCUGGUUCCUCCUGAAAGAGUGGUGCACCAAGGAAGGUGUGCUAUGGAAUGGACGCCUUGGCCUGUAA